UGCGCAGUGCAGACCGGGCGGAGCGCGUGCGGGGCCGGUGUUGCCCCGGUAUGAUCAGACUCAAACCUGGACGCGUCUCUCCGUCUACACAUCCAACAUGCGGAAAGGAAGUGUGCUACCGGAGCUUCACUCGGAUAGAUUGAUUCGAUGUGUCGUAUCACUGUACCUGUUCAUACACCCGUGUCUAGCUGCACCAGGUGUACCAGGGGCACAAAGGGAAGAGUUGGCAGAUAUCUCUCCCCCUGCCGCGGCAUUAGUCAAUCCCUUUGGCUCUGGAGAGGAGAAUCGAAGAUUGCUAAAGAGUUACAUCCAAGCCAAUCUGCAGGAUGGCCAAGGAGGACCUGAGAUCAACACCUGGGAGCAAGAGGUGUUCUUCCUGUUUCGUCUCUAUGACUUUGACCGAAGUGGUCACAUGGAUGGUCUGGAGAUGAUGAAGCUGUUGUCAGACUAUAACUCCCACAAUGCACCAGAAGGACAGGCCAACAAGACGGGGUUACAGGUUGUGUCCAUGGUAGAUUUCUUACUCCAGACGCAGGAUCUGAACCAGGAUGGUCUGCUUGCCCCUUCUGAGCUGCUGUCUCUUCCUUUGCAUCACACACAGAACUCUGAUAGCAACAAUCUACCUCACAAGGAGCAGGAGAUGACAAUGGAGAAGCUGCCAAAGGCUGAGGAGGAAGAGAGAGAGGGGAAAGAAGACAUAAAAGAGUCAAAGAAAAAAGAUGAGGAGACAAGGGAUGAGGAGACUCAGCGAGAUGAAGAUCAUGGACAGAAGACCCAGCAGGAAGAGGUGGGAACUAAAGAGGAAGUACUACCCAAUCAUGAUGUAAAUAGUCAAGAGUUCCAGGAGCUGGAAGAGGAGGAUGGACUACCAGUCCAAGAAACCCCUGAAAAACAAAAGGAGCAAGUCCAACGAGAAGCUCUGGUACAUGUGGGACAACCAGAGAUGUAAACACAGACAUAUAUAAACACACACUCACACACACACACACACACACACACACACACACACACACACACACACACACACACAGUGAUUACAGAUUGAGGCGUGUUCUCACUUUGUGGAUACAGCCUGUGGAAGAUUGGUGGCACAGUUAUCAAAUUACAGUAAAACGUCCUGCCCGAACGGUUAAUUUUAUGCUUAUCUGUGCAAGUGGUAUUUCUCUGGAUGGAUGAGGAUGGGCGUUACUUUCCACUUCAGCAGUAUGAUAGAUUAAUGAAAAAGAGAUACGGUGACGUUUCUCCAACAAGCACUUUAUCUCAGCGUUGGAAAAAAACGAUGUGCACUUACUUUAAAAAUUUGCAACCACGGCAUUCUUAAUAAGAUAUAACGUCAAUAAACCUGUGAAUCUGCUAAUGAUGCCUAGAAAGAAUACAAAAAAUAAUAGCCCAAACAGUGUCCAGAGUAGCAGAAUGACAAAGUCCAGUUUUCAAAAUGUCAAGGCAUUACAAGGCAUAAAUCACUGUGAAGUAAAACUGAGGCCAUUACUAAAUGAGCUUGAAAUGUUUGAAUUUACUAUGUUGGAAGUGUCCCCUAGAUUGACAUCUGUAACAAUUUUAAAUGUUCAUUUGCAGAUUCUGAACUGUAGUUAACAUUGAUUAUUUUGUUUGCUUUUAAUGGGUUUAUCAUGCCACCUGAAAAAUUAUUUCAAUUGCACUUCAGUUUUAUAUCAAUGAAACUUCUGGGGUUCUUAAAAACAAGCUAUCUCCUGUCUGUUGUACAUUCCCGCCUCCUCAGCUCUUUGUGCACAUGGCAUUUUCAUCAGUGUUUUGCCUCGUCCAACUCUUUGUGUUUGCAUUUAUGCACCUAGGGCACUUUUUUUACCUUCCCGUAUUCACACUGGUAAUUUCUGAUACAAUCCAUGUUGUUUAUUUCUCAACCAACACAAUGCCCAGCAAUAUUGCCUGAUUUUUUAAUAUAAUUCACACCUAAUGAAUAACAAACUCCCUAUAUUGUUGAUGCAGUGUGGGCUCUCAUUGCGGUUGGUGGCCCUCUUGUGUGACUAGGCAAUUCCUUUGUGGUGAUGUGGAUGUGCAAGUUUUGCAAGGUUAUGUGCAAGGUCUAAGCAGUUUUAGAACCACAAGAAAAUAAAAUAAAAAUCAU